UUUGAGGACAAGCGUAAUCCUGAUUCGGUUUUGAGUCUUCUAAGGAGUCAUGGGUUCACAGAUUCUCAGAUGUCCAACAUCAUUAAGAUGUAUCCACUAUUGCUUAUAGCAGAUGCUGACAAGUCACUUGGUCCCAAGCUUCAGUUUUUGCAGUCAAGAGGAGCUUCAAGCUCUGAGCUCACUCAGGUUGUUUCUAAAGUUCCUAAAAUCUUGGGGAAGAGAGAGGGCAAAUCUCUUAGCAGAUACUAUGAUUUCAUCAAAGUCAUUAUAGAAGCAGAUAAGAGUUCCUCCAAGUAUGAAAAGUUAUGUCAUGCUUUGCCAGAGGGUAGUAGGCAGGAUAAUAAAAUCCGAAAUGUUUUGGUUCUGAGAGAAUUGGGUGUGCCUCAGAGGUUGUUAUUCUCCUUGCUCAUCUCUGAUAGCGGACCUGUAUGUGGAAAAGAAAAAUUUGAAGAAUCCCUCAAGAAGGUUGUUGAGAUGGGUUUUGAUCCAACCACUUCGAAGUUUGUCAAAGCUCUCCAUGGCUUUUACCAAAUGAGUGACAAAACAAUUGAAGAAAAACUCGAUGUCUACAAAAGGUUAGGCUUUUCUGUGGAAGAUGUAUGGGUAAUCUUCAAGAAGUGGCCUUGCUCUUUGAAAUUCUCAGAGGAAAAGAUAACUCAGACGAUUGAAACCUUGAAGAUGUGUGGUCUGGACGAAAACGAAGUCCUUCAAGUGCUGAAGAAGUAUCCGCAAUUCAUACGUAUUUCAGAGCAGAAGAUAUUGAGUUUAAUUGAAACAUUUUUAGGUGUAGGAUUCAGUAGAGAUGAAUGCGUGAUGAUAAUCAAGGGCUUUCCUAUGUGCUUUGGAUUGUCUGCAGAGACGGUGAAAAAGAAGACUGAGUUUUUGGUGAAAAAGAUGAAUUGGCCACUAAAGUCUGUGGUUUCGAACCCUGCGGGACUUGGAUACAGCUUGCAGAAGAGGAUUGUUCCAAGGUGUAAUGUAAUCAAAGCUCUCAUGUCCAAAGGAUCGCUUGGAAGUGAACUCCCUUCAGUGGCUUCUGUCUUGGCAUGUACUGAUCAGGCGUUCUUAAACAGGUAUGUGGUGAAGGAUGAUGAUAAGCUCCUUGUGCUUAAAUUAAUGGCAUGGCUAUCUUCACCAAAUAUUAGGCUUCAUAGAUCAGAAGGCUUGUGAAGAAUGUUGCUUUUAUUUAUGAAUACUUAAAUUUUAGACUUUUUGUAAUCUCAUAUGAUCAGGAUCUAAACCGUUUCUGUUUAUAUGGUGUCCGACUUAACUGUAAAAUGUUAUUUUGAAUCUCUUUUCACUAA